AUGCGCAAAUUCAGGACAGUCAUUUUGUUCCUCGUUAUUUACCUUUCGUUUUAUCUGACCCUUUCAUACAAUGACAACUUGGACGAUAUCGUAAUUGUGGACGAGUCGGAGGAAGGCCACCGUGGAGAGGAGGACCGAAUGAAAAGUGCUGGAGGCGCAAAGGCAGAGGCGGAUACGCACCAGCUGAUACACUCCUGGGCAGGUGAAAACGAAAACGUGUUUUACCUCAAAAUAGGGAUUUUCCUCUCCCUAUUAAUAAUAACCAUCGUGAACGGAGUGGUGGGGCGAAAGACCAACCGAAUGAUCGCCCUCUACUGGCUUAGGUCAUGCAAAGAUAUCUUCCUUCAGAAUUUUGCCAAAUUGGGAAAUGAAAAAUCAUUUUUAUUUGAAAAGUCAUAUGACAAGUUUGAAUUUUACUGCACAGGUAGGAAAAACUGUAACUAUUAUUUUGCUACUUUAAAUUUAUGCAAAAGGCAAUGUCUGUGGAGAUAUUUCAUUUUCAAUCAUUUUGUGAAAGAAAACGACAGCAUGAAUGUAGCUAUUAACUUCAACAAGCUGGACAAGGGAGUUCUGUGUAUAUUUAAAAAGCAUCAGAAGAAGUACAUCGAUUGUCGCUUCCCUAGUUUAAACAAAUACACAAAAUUGUUAAGCAAAAAAGAAUUGAAAGGAAGUUAUGACAUCAAGGGGGAUUCCAACGAAAUGAUGGAUCUCGUCUUAAGUGGAAAAAUUUUGAACUUUUUAAAUACCUAUGAUAGGUACAUAAACUACGUUUGCAUCACCGAUAUUGCUUUGUUUGACUCGGAGGACAGGCUGAGUGAGGAGAAGGAGGAGGAGAAGAAGAAGGGGGAGAAGCACUCCAAUGACCAGAAAGAUCAACCUAGCAACAAAGGAGGAAAACACAAGUUCUGCUUCCUCAACUUUGUCAUCCCGAAAAACGUGGAAGACCUACGGACGCUGGUAAAUUUUUCAAUCUAUAUGAUAGACGCUUGUCACUGCAUCGAGUUAUCGGAAAAGGUCAGGGACCACGUGAGGAAGCUUCGAAGCAUUGUGGAGAAGGAAGACUUGAGGAAAAAACAGCAACUGAAGGAAUUGCAGGAACGGAGGAAAGCCCAGAAAUUGCAAGAGGAGAAAGAGAGAGUGGAAAAGAUGUCCGCCGAGCAGCAGAGGAAGUACGAGGAUAAGAAGCAGAAGAAGAGUUUGAAGAAAAUGAAAAAAAUUAAAAUUAUAAAAAUGUGA